GGGAGGGUUAGGCAAAACUACUCUUGCUAGAAUUGUUUAUGAGAGAAUACACAGAAACUAUGAAGUUCAUUUAUUUCUUCAUAAUGUUAGAGAGGAAUCUGUAAAAGAUGGUGGUUUAAUUUCACUGCAACAAAAACUUCUUUCCCGUUUGAAAAAAUCAAUCAGAAUGGAAGUGUGUGACUGUUAUGAUGGAAGAAAGCUGAUAAGAAGAAUGUUAUGCAGUAAAAAAGUUCUACUUGUCCUUGAUGAUGUGAGUGACAUAAGCCAACUUGAGAAUUUGGCUGGAAAGGAAGGAUGGUUUGGCAAAGGGAGCAGAAUAAUAAUAACAACUAGAGAUCAACAUGUGUUAUUGUUGCAUGGUGUAGUUUCUCAGUAUGAAAUGAAUUUCUUAAGUCACGAUGAAUCCCUUCAACUUUUUAUUCAAAUAGCUUUCAAAGGAGAUCAGCCAAAUGAAGAUUAUUUGGAGCUUUCUAGAAGGGCGAUUAAUUCUGCUCAAAACCUUCCUUUGGCAAUCAAAGUGCUUGGUUCAUUUCUUUGUGGAAGAAGCAUACCAGAAUGGGAGAAUGCACUCAAGAAGAUUCCUUUAGAUGGCCUUUUUGAUAUACUUAAAGUGAGCUUUGAUGGACUGCGAGAUAAUGAGAAGAAUAUAUUCUUAGAUAUUGCUUGCUUUUUCAAUGGCUUGCGCAAGGAUGAUGUCAUACAGAUUUUAGAAAAUAGUGGUCUUCACCCAAUAAUCGGAAUAAGAACUCUUAUUCAGAAAUCAUUGGUAACUGAAGCUAAAGGGCGCUUGAGGGUGCAUGAUAGGCUUCAAGAAAUGGGCAAGGAAAUUGUUUUUCGCGAAUCAACCAAUGAUGCUGGCAAUCGUAGUAGGAUAUGGUCCUUGGAGGAUGCUAGUCUUGUGCUUAGAAAUAUGAGGGGAACUGAAGCAAUACGUGGUAUAGUGGUACAAUUUGACAAACCAGAUGUCAUAUAUUUGGAACCUAAAGCCUUCUCAAAUAUGAGUAAUCUCAAGUUACUUAUCAUAUCACAUUCUUCACAUGACCAAUUGAAUCUUCUUCAUGGACUUAACUGUCUCCCCAAUUCACUGAAAGUCAUAGAUUGGAAGGAGUAUCCUUUAGAUUCCCUUCCAGGUCAAACUCAAUUUGAUGAACUUGUUGAUCUCAAAAUGCAACACAGCAAAUUAAAGGAACUUUGGAGGGGAGAUCAGUUUCCACAAAGUCUAAAGUUCAUUGAUUUGAGUCAUUCAACAAACCUGAUGAGAACAUCAAACUUUGAUAGAACUCCUAAUCUUCAAAGAUUAAUUCUUAAGGGGUGUACAAAGCUUGUUGAAGUUCACUGCUCUUUCGGGCAACACAAGAAUCUUGUCAUUGUUAAUUUUAAAGGUUGUAAAAGUAUUAAAAACCUUCCAACCAAAUUGGAGAUGAAUUGCUUAGAGACAUUUAUUCUCUCUGGUUGUUCAAAAGUUAAGAGGCUUCCUGAGUUUGGAAAAGGGAUGACAUGUUUAUCAAAGCUUAAUCUAAAAGGGACUGCUAUAUCCAAACUACCUCAAUCAUUGGUCAAUUUGACUGGUCUUGUUAUAUUGAAUUUAAAGUAUUGCAAAAGCCUGGUAUGUCUUCCAAGUGAUUUUAAAAAAUUGAAAGCUAUAAAGAAGAUCAAUAUUCGUGGCUGCUCAAAGUUGUCAAGGCUUCCAGAGAAUUUGAAUGAAAAUGAGGCAUUGGAGGAGCUUGAUGUGGGUGGGACUGCUCUAAAAGAAGUGCCUUCGUCCCUCAAUAAUUUGAAAGUAUUAUCUCUUAGUGCAUGCAAUGCUUCUGCACAAUCAUCCUCAUGGAAUCACUUCUGCCUUCUCAAGCGGGCAUUUAGGCUUCAAAGGCCUUCAAGUUCAACUAAGUUUUUGUGGUCUCCAUCUUUUUCAAAUCUAUCAUCUUUGGUCGAGUUACAUUUAAAUGGUUGCAAUCUUGAUGAUGAAUCACUAUCCAGUGAAAUAGGCAAUUUAUCAUCAUUGACAGCAUUAGGAUUGCCCAAGGCUUCGGUCUUUGCCUCAACUUCCAGCAAACCUGUCAGUGAUACAUGCUGGUGA